CUCUGUCCUGUCUGUGUAGAUGAGGGGCGAUGCUGAGGCGUUUGCUCUGGAGGCUAAGGGUCGUGCCGAGGCAGAGCAGAUGGCUAAGAAGGCUGAGGCCUUUAAACAGUACGGGGAGGGAGCCAUGGUGGACAUGCUGCUGGAGAAACUACCACUGAUAGCAGAGGAGAUCAGCAGGCCCCUCUCCAUGGCUCAGAAGGUUACCAUGGUUUCCAGCGGCGGGGGUGAGGUGGGCGCGGCCAAGCUGACCGGAGAGGUUCUGAACAUCAUGACCAGACUACCAGCUGCCGUGGAGAAACUCACUGGAAUCAGCAUCUCACAGGUUUGCCUGUCGCCCGAAUGGGCUGAGAUUGGAGCCAGUGACUGA